CAGAGCACGGUCAUAUGGGCGCUUCUAUUGGUCCGACUGACUCACUCAGACGGCGGUCGGGGUCAUUUCGGUCCAGCUAACAGUUGUUUCAGGUCAGUCCACCUGCUGUGUGUCGACAAUGGCGGGACGUAUACUACUUCGAGUCUGUACAGCAGUCCGGAUGAGGAGCGACGUGGUAGCGAGGCCGUUACACCGGGCUAUGGCCACAGGCAAAGAGCCACCCUUUCUGGCAAGGCCCGGGGGUCCGAUGCCAGGGAAAGGCAAGGCCCUCGAGCAGGGAAAGGAUCCCUACAGUAUGCUAAAGCCCAAGGAGUACGCGGGCACAAAAGGGGAGCCCCACAUUGUGCCAUGCAUUGGAACCAGGAGACUGGUGGCCUGUCUUUGUUAG